CCAGUUCGCCGCUGCCAGUCAGUGACAUCAAUGAAUGGUACACAUUCGUGCAGCUUUUUUGUCGCCUGGUUUAGUUUUCCCACAAGCAGAAGCCACAUCCAACUCUGCUGCCGGUCAGCCGUAGCCAGUCACCCACGUUAGUCGAUCAUCGGCGGUUGGUCAGACCAGACUCGAAGUUCAUUAUCCAUAAUUUGGGGCACUUUUAUCGCGAAUCGCUCAAACAAUCAACGGCAUUAUAUUGUAAACGAGAUGUUAUCAGCCUGUAUCCGUUUGUAUGUUUAAUCGGCUGUGUGAGUUCGUGGCGGUGACUAAUUGCAGCGGUUCGCGGGAAUAAUAAAUCGAAAAAGUGAGUGUGAUUUUAGUGAUUUUCAUUUAGUGGAAACGAGAAAUUGCAACGGGUACCUAUCUGCUGGAACCAGUGAUUUGCUUUAUAUUAAAAAAUACAUUUGAACAAUGGAGAUCUGGUGAAGAAAUUCCGGAUACAAAGUGACCUUAUCAUCGAGUUCAAACUAAACAGACCAUAAAUUAUCGAACGAAACCAACUGAAGUGCCUUCGUUGUACACACUCAGAACAAUGGCCCCAAACAUCACAAAUCCUACGGUGGAUCCAACUAGUCAUGAAUGUAGCGGCAAUACAUCAACCGCGUCUAACUCAACCACAUCGUCAAUGGUUCAGCAACGGAUAGUUAGUUGCAGCGCCAAACCCAGUCUAGUCAGUAGCAAGGAUGACAACAACAACAACAACCAAGUGGAACCAAAGAAAAACGCAUCCAGUGAUGAUUUCCGACCCGAAAUUCGGUGGCCGGAUUUUUUCGCACAACUAUUCUUACACACAGGAUUUCUAAUAGGCUUGUGGUACAUACUGACACUGCAGACCAAGUUGUACACUGUUAUGUGGACAAUAUUCUUGGUUUGGGCAUCCGGUUUGGGUAUAACAGCAGGUGCCCAUCGUCUGUGGUCGCACAAAUCAUAUAAGGCCAAAUGGCCGUUACGUUUACUCUUGAUGUUUCUGUUCACCAUAUGUGGUCAGCGAGAUGCAUACACGUGGGCACACGAUCAUCGAGUGCAUCAUAAAUACUCGGAAACGGAUGCGGAUCCGCACAAUGCGAAGCGAGGAUUCUUCUUUGCCCAUGUGGGCUGGGUCUUCCUGACGCCACAUCCAGAAGUUGUGGCUAAGCGGAAGAUUAUCGACAUGAGUGAUCUGGAAGCGGACGCAAUAGUAAUGUGGCAAAAACGGUACUACCUCCCGCUGUUUGCCCUGCUGGUGAUUGGCCUUCCGGUUCUUGUCCCGUACUACUACUGGUCCGAAAAUCUGUUCAUUGCCUUCUGGGUGUGCUUCACACUAAGAUUCACAACCACCCUCAACAUUGCUUUUUUCGUCAACAGUGUGGCGCACAUGUUUGGAAAUCGGCCGUACGAUAAAAAUAUUAGUCCGGUGGAGAACCUCUCGGUUGCAAUAGCUGCCUUAGGAGAAGGUUGGCAUAAUUAUCACCACGUGUUCCCGUGGGACUACAAAACGGGUGAAUUGGGUAGCUACAUGUUCAAUGUAACGACCGGCUUCAUCGAUGCCUUCGCUCGGCUUGGCUGGGCCUAUGAACGAAAAUCGGUUUCUCCACAUAUCAUCGAGCGAAGAGCGGCAAAAUACGGCGAUGGCACCCGCUUUCUGACAGAUGAAUAUGCACAUAAAGACCCUGUUUGGGGAUAUGGAGACGAGGAUAUUUCCAAAGAUGAUUUGGACGAUAUUGAGCGGUUACAGAACUAGAUGAUGCUACCUUUGAAUUUAAAAGUUUAGGCAUGUUCGUCCUACUUGUUAUAGGUUCGUAUGCUAUUGUGUACGAAGUACAGUAUUUUUGACUCAAUAAAAAAUCUGAAAUAAAAUUUUAUGAUCACGA